UCGAUUUCCUUAAAAGUUAAAAAUUGUAUGAAUCAUUGCAACAAGUUGCUAUUAGUAAUAACGCAUCGAAUGACUUUAAAUUGAUUGCAUAUUCUUGUUAUUAAAUUAAUAUUGAAAAUAUAUAUAAUUUAUAAAUAAUUAUUUUAUAAAAAAAUCAGAAACAAUAAAAAAUACAUUAUAUUUAAUUUUAAUUCGAAUAAAUUGACAAAUAUAUUUAUUUUAAAUAAUAAAAAUUAAUUUUUGUAAUCUUUGAACUAAUUUAAUAUAUAAUUAAAUAUCAAUAAUAUUUUAUUUAAAAUAUUUUUUAUAUUGUUUAUAUAAAAAUUAAUAAAUAAAUAAUAAAAAUAAAAAAGUUUUAUUUAUAAUAUUAAAAAAAUAAUUUUAUCGAUAUAAUUCUUUGAAUGAAUUGUGAUUUCAAUAAAUAAAUGAUAUUUUUUUAUAAUCUCUAAUCUAUUCUAUGAAUAAGUGAAAGUUUAUUGAAAACAUUUUGCCACAUACAAUUCGAGGUCAAUCGUUAUAGUUGAAAUAAUCUUUAACAAUAUAAGUACACAUAAUUGUACAAAUCGAAGUAAUCUGAUGAUUAAUAGAUAUCACAAUACAUAGUUAGUAUCCGUGAAUAAUAUUAAUUUAAUAUAAAAUGGGCGGAAAAAAUUGUAAAGGACUUCUACCAAAUUCUAAUACUCUACCAGGCAAAUCAACAAAGACAGGUAAACCAGAAAAAUAUGACUAUAUUGAAGAUGUGGUGUGCAUGGAAACAGAUAUUAGAGAAAAUGAAAUGAAACUUUUGCCACUUGGACAAAAUGGAGGGAAAAUCUUAUUAAUUAAACAAAAAGGACAAAUACAUGCCAUUGGUACAAAAUGUACACAUUAUGGGGCUUUACUUCACACAGGAGCACUAGGAGAUGGAAGAAUAAGAUGUCCAUGGCAUGGUGCAUGUUUUAAUAUUAAAACAGGAGAUAUAGAAGACUAUCCAGGAUUAGAUUCUUUACCUUGUUUCCAGGUAAAUAUAGAUACAUCUGGUUUUGUACGCGUGAAAGCAAAUCGCAAAGAUUUAGAAUUCAGUAGAAGGAUAAAAGAUAUGUGUGAACGAGAUCCCAAUAACACUAAUACUGUUAUAAUAGUUGGAGGUGGACCAGCAGCUGCAACAUGUGCAGAAAGUUUGCGACAAGAAAAUUUUACAGGAAAUAUUACUAUGAUUUGUAAGGAAAAUAUACUACCAUAUGAUAGAGUAAAGGUAUCUAAAUCUUUUGAUAUAGAUGUUGAAAAAAUAAUUUUAAGACCAAGCUCAUUUUACAAAGAUCAUAAAAUUGAAACUAAAUUGGACAUAGAAGCCAUAGGAUUAGAUACAAAUAAUAACAUUCUUCAUUUAAAUAAUAAUGAAAAAUUAAUAUACAAUUAUUUAUUUAUUUGUACUGGAAGUAUGGCCAGAACUCCUGAAAUACCUGGUGUUAAUUUAUCUAAUAUCCAUGUAUUAAGAAAUUAUACAGAUGCUCAAACUAUAAAUUCAAAAUUGUCACUUGAAAAACAUGUUAUAAUAUUAGGAUUAGGUUUUAUUGCUAUGGAAGCUGCUGCUUUUUGCGCAAAAAAAUGUGCAUCUAUUACUAUCAUUGGAAGAGGUAAAACUCCUUUACAACCAGUAUUUGGAACAGAUAUUGGUAAUAGAAUUAAACAGCAAUUUGAAGAUGAAGGUAUUAAAUUUAUAUUUGAACAUGAUAUUACACAAUUUGUUGCAAAAAAAGAUGACAGUACUGCUGUAGGUACAGUUGUACUUAAUGAUGAUCAAGUUCUUCCUGCUGAUAUAGUAAUUAUUGGAAUUGGAGCACAAGUAUAUACUGAAUGGAUAAAGCAGUCUCCUAUCGAAAUGCUACCAGAUGGAACCAUUAAAGUGGAUAAGUAUUUAAAAACAAAUGUAGAAAAUGUAUAUGCCGGUGGAGAUGUAGCUUAUGCACCUUUAUUUGGCUCUGAUGAAAUUUCAGCUGCAAUAGGUCAUUAUCCAUUAGCACAUUAUCAUGGUAAAAUAGCAGCAUUAAAUAUAUGUGGUAAAACUACUGCUUUAAAUGCUGUACCAUUUUUUUGGACAACAUUAUUUGGAAAGAGUUAUAGAUAUGUGGGAUAUGGAACACCAGAGAAAAUUAGAAUUUACGGUUCUUUAGAGAAAUUGGAAUUUUUUGCAUAUUAUAUUAAAAAUAAUAAAGUUAUUGCUAUGAGUAGUGUUGCAGCAGAUCCUAUUGUGUCAGAUUUUGCAAACUUUCUAUACGAGAAAAAAACAUUGACAGAAACAGAGAUUAAUAGAGAUCCAUUUAAUUGGAUAAGAAACAAACCAAAGGAUUUACAGAUCAGAUUUCGAAAUGAAAUUAUUGUAAAUCCAUAAAUCAAAUAUAUGUAAGAGAAAAUUAUUCAAGUGGAAAAUUGAAUGAAAUUGCUAUGCUAAGACUUUAAUAUUGUAUUCCAUAAUAUUUUUCUAUUUUUAGUUUUACAAUUUGUUUUAUUAAAAAAAAUUUUAAGAAAUGAAAUAAUACUACAUAAUAUGUUGAGCUUUUAUAUUAUUUAUAUUGUAUAUAUGGAAACUUUAUUUAAUACAAUUCUUUAUUUUAAAGCGAAUAAUUAUAUAUUUAAAAUAAAAAUUAAUCCCAUGCAUUA